AUGUCGCUAAAGCAAUGUGUAGCGAAAAAAAUUAUGAAUGAGGUAAUACUUCCUCUGAAGAAGCCAAAGGAGUGGAAAGUCCUUGUUUUGGACAAACUCUCGACUCGAAUUGUGUCUUCAUGCUGCAAAAUGCAUGAAAUAAUGAAUGAGGGAAUAACACUUGUUGAGGAUGCCAGUAAACGGCGUGAGGUCCUUCCGUUGGAAGCAAUUUAUUUGAUAACUCCCACAGAACGAUCAAUUCAAGCACUUAUGAAUGAUUUUCAAGGUCCGCGUUAUCAGUAUAAAGCGGCUCACGUAUUUUUAACUGAAGCUUGUCCAGAUGAACUUUUCAAUCGUCUUUGCCAGUCAAAUUGCGCCCCUUUUAUUAAGACACUGAAGGAGAUCAAUAUAGCAUUUUUACCCGUAGAGUGUCGGGUUUUUUCUCUUGACUCCCCUGAUAGUACGCAGUUCUAUUUCCACCAGAGCUACCCUCCACAUCCAGGCCAAAUGCACCACUUAGAACAUAUCGCAGAGCAGAUUGCCACCCUUUGCGCCACUAUUGGCGAAUAUCCGCCUAUUCGUUACAGAAGCCAACAUGACAAAAACUGCGAAUUCGCCCAGCUGGUGCAGCAGAAGUUGGACGCUUACAAGGCCGACGAUCCACAGAUGGGAGAGGGCCCUUAUAAGGAUCGCAGUCAGUUGGUCAUUUUGGAUCGAGGAUUUGAUCCAAUUUCGCCAAUUCUCCACGAGCUCACAUUCCAGGCCAUGGCCUAUGAUCUGCUGGCUAUUGAAAACGACGUCUAUCGCUACAUCAACACAUCAGGACCCGAGGAGCGAGAAAAGGAGAUUAUUCUAGACGAAUCUGACGAUCUUUGGCGGGAGCUGCGCCACCAGCACAUCGCUGUGGUCUCCCAACAGGUGACGAAUAAUUUGAAGAAGUUUGCCGAGGAGAAGCGAAUGGCGAGUAGCGGUGAAAAGACAACAAUGCGAGAUCUCUCGCAGAUGCUGAAGAAAAUGCCUCAGUACCAGAAAGAGCUCUCCAUGUACUCCACACACUUCCAUCUUGCGGAGGACUGCAUGCACAACUACCAGACGUACACCAACAAACUUUGCAAAGUCGAACAGGAUUUGGCCCUGGGCACAGACGCCGAGGGUGAGCGCAUCAAAGACCACAUGCGCAACACCGUGCCCCUACUGAUUGACCCCAACGUCUCAACGUACGACAAAUUGCGUCUCAUCCUCCUCUACGUCAUUCAACGCGGCGGUAUUAGCGAGGAGAAUCUGGCCAAGCUCAUCCAACAUGCCCAAAUCCCCGAGCCCCAGGCUGCAGUUGUGCGCAACCUCGCUGCUCUCGGAGUCCCUGUUCUCCUUGACGCCGGCAGUGGUCCGACAAUUGGACGUCGAAAGGCUCCUCAGCCCUACCUUCCAGCCAAUCGUCGAACCCGCGCAGAUGAGCCGAAGUACCAAAUGUCUCGAUGGACACCGUAUCUGAAAGACCUCAUUGAGGACGCUUGUGAGGAUCGCCUUGACGUGCGUCAAUUCCCCUUCUUCGGUGGCGGUCCAGUGAAAUCCUCCGGUCUCGGUGGAGGUGGCGGUUUGAGUCGCGGCGGUGGCGGCGGCUCAAUGUCGGCGCGAUAUGGCCAAUGGCACCGUGAGAAGGGCGCCCAGACACGCUCGGGACCGCGACUCAUCUUCUUUAUUCUCGGUGGCAUAUCCUAUUCCGAAAUGCGUUGCGCUUACGAGGUCAUGGCGGCCUACACCUCCGUUACUGGUGCCGGCACCGGUGGUGGUGGAGGGGGCGGCAGUGGCGGAGGAAGACAGUGGGAUAUCCUCGUAGGUGGUACUCACCUCCUCACUCCUGAGACCUUCAUCAGUGACCUUGAGCGACUCUCCCAUCCCCCGGGCUCAACUGGGGCUACCGCAGGGGGUCAGGGUGCUGGUGGUCAGGGUCAACAUGGCGGCGGACCGGCAAAUGUGGCGUCCGCUUCUGGGGACGGAGGGAUGCGUCUAUUGAUCCCCGCUCAGGGCGCGCCAACCAAUAGGCGUGCGGGCGGGCUCUAA